AUGAACGGCGGGGCUCUGCCGCCGCUGCCCCCCGCCGCAGCCCGCGGCCGCCGGCGGCCCGCCUCCCCCGAGCUGCUGCGCUGCAAGCGCCGCCUGGCCUUCGCCGCCCUGCCGGGCACCGGGGCGGCGGCGGCGGCCGCCGUGGCCCGUCGGAACGAGCGGGAGCGCAACCGCGUGCGGCUCGUCAACCUGGGCUUCGCCGCUCUCCGCCAGCACGUCCCCCACGGCGCCGCCAGCAAGAAGAUGAGCAAGGUGGAGACCCUCCGCUCCGCCGUCGAGUACAUCCGCGCCCUGCAGCGGCUCCUCGACGAGCACGACGCCGCCGCCUCUUUCCCCGACGGCCGCGGGCGGGUGCCCGUCGGGGAAGUUGGCGGCGGCGGCGGCUACUCCUCCGCUUCGCCCUCCUUCGCCUCCUCCGCGCCCGGCUCGCCGUGCUCCUCCGAGGAGAGCGGCUACGACGUGGCGCUGAGCCCCGAGGAGCGGGAGCUGCUGGACUUCACCAGCUGGCUGGGGAGCUACUGA